AUGAACCUCUCAUCAACCCCUGUCGAAAAUAAAAAUGAUUUACUAAAGGGGAAGGGGGAUGUAGAAACGUCCAGGGAGCUGCUAGAGACGAUUAUGAACAAUUGCUAUGGGCGAAACUUCAAGGUGACGGUGAAUGACAACAGGGAGUUUUUUGGAGCCCUGGCAUAUGUGGACAAGUACAAUUUAUUUCUCACCAACUGUGAAGAGCGUUACACAGGUAGCCAAACGUACACACGAAACUGCGGGGAUAUUUUAAUUCCGUUUAAGAUAAUAAAGUUGGUAGAAAUUAAAAAGGGUUACUUUGAUAGCUGUUACGAGGAACUAAAAAAUGCGCAACAGGAGUAA